AUGUUUUUUUUUUUAAAAGAAAUUCAAAAAUUAAAAGGUGGAAAAAAGCCAAGUUUAAACGAGCAAAAAAAUGAUCAUUUGACGGUGCAAUGGUUAUCGACGGCCAUAAGCGAACUAAGAUCCGAAUUAGCCGAAGUUUCAUCCAAUUAUAAUACGUCAGCGGAAAUGCAACAGAGACAGGAAUUAGCAUCGGGUUUGGAUUUAUUACGUGGCGACGUUGCCAGUUUUAGAAGGGAUUUAGAAGAAUUGAGAGCGGAACAACAGCAAACGGUCGUCACGUUGGGACAACUCAAACAAGAUGUCGAAACGAGUAUAAAAAAUAGUCAAAUUGCGUCGAGUGCGAAUGCGGAAAUAAAAACUAAGUUUAUUACGUAUGCGAAAGUUUGA